AUGAUCAUAUUCCAGACAGCCACAGCUAUUUUGCUGUUUAUUACAGCCUCGCUAGCUGCUGAUGAUCCACUCAUAGUAGAAACCACACAUGGUAAACUGCAGGGCCGUUGGAUGACCUCUAGGGCAGGACGUAAAUUUUUAGCCUUCUCUGGUGUUCCCUUUGCCAAGCCUCCAGUUGGGUCUCGGAGGUUCGAGCCUCCAGAAGAGAUGGAAAGGUGGACAGGGAUCAGAAAUGCGACUCAACCAGGUCCAUGGUGCCUUCAAGUAAACACUUUUGAAAUCGAUCCUGUGGCUUUUGGAACGGAAGACUGUCUAUAUCUCUCUGUGUACACCCACAGGAGAACGAGCAAGAAUGCUGUUAUGAUCCAUUUUCAUGGAGGAGGUUGGAACAGUGGUGAUGCUGAACAUAAAACAUUACCUACUUAUAUGAUGGACAAGGAUGUUGUUAUUGUGGAUGUGAAUAACAGACUUGCGUUCUUAGGUUUUCUCAGCUUUGAGGACAAAACAAUGCCGGGAAACCAAGGACUGAAGGAUCAAGUGAUGGCAAUGAAAUGGGUUCAGAAGAACAUUGCCAGGUUUGGGGGCGAUCCGAAGAGAGUGACCAUAGUCGGCGAAAGUGCUGGAGCAGGGAGUGUCUACCAUCAUACCGUAUCUCCGAUGACUACAGGACUUUUCCAUAGAGCUAUUGCUGAGAGUGGUACGAGUUACAAUGGCUGGGCUGUGGCCCCUCCAGGUCUUGCCAAGACAAACUGUCAGAAAUUAGCUAAGCUUCUGGGUUGUCCUAUUGACACUACUACUGCUGCAGUAAACUGUCUAAAAGCCAGAAAUGCGACAGACAUUGCUGUUACUAUCACACAAUUCUUAGUCUGGCAGAUUGACUCUACUCUUAUAUGGCCUGUUUUAGAGCCCAAUGAACCUGGAGCAUUUUUAACAGGACCAAUCAGCAAGUGGAAACAUAAUCCAGUCCCUCUAAUGCUUGGAACAACCUCAGGAGAAGGCCUUCUCAGAACGGGGUAUUUUGACUAUUACAAAACAGAGCUGGAAUGGAUAAAUGACAACUUUGAGAGACUAGCACCAAUGUCCCUUAUGUAUGAAUAUACUGCUUCAAAUCCCUCAGAAAUAACCAAGAAGGUUCGAGAGUUUUACUUCCGAAAUGGUAAAAUUACAUCUGACAGUUGGUUUAAUUUGACACAGUUGUACACUGACACAUGGUUUGCUAUUGGGAUCAUAGAUGGUGCAAACUACCAUACUGGUGAUGUUUACUUCUACUAUUUUGAUUACAUAGGGGAGCACACAUAUGGUCCUGAAUACAAUCGAACUUUGUAUUUUGGUGCACCACACACAGAAGAAAUAAACUUUAUCUGGGAAAACCCCAAUGUAAACUGGACUUUGGAAGGAGAAGACAAAAAGUUUUCAAGAAGACUUGUAAAGAUUUGGACAGAUUUUGCGAAAUUUGGUACACCUGCACCCCGAGGAAGUGAUAUAUCUUGGACCAAGUGGAAUCCAAAGCAUCACAACUAUUUAGAGAUGAGUAAAUCUGGCAUCAAAGGAAAACAAGGAUUUGCCAAAGACAGAUACAAGUUUUGGAAAAGUAUCAACUAUAGGGAUCUCUUGAAAUAA